AUGGCAGAGCCGGGCGGGCCAGAUUGGACCAAUGAGUGGGGAGCACCUGUGUUUAUGCGCUACGAGCCUGGUUCUGAGCCUGAGGAAAAAUGCCACUUUCUUCCGUGCAUAAGACGACGUGAGGAUGAAGGACCUUUUCUCACGCCGGAGGAAGAGCAACGCCGCUUUGAAGAACAAGUCGAGAGUAGCAAGGGUUUUGACAUCAACUUUGAGGAGUUCCGCUGCAUUUUUAAUUACGUACCAGUUGAUUUCGAUGAAAACUACUAUUUCAAGGAUACAGAUACCACCAGAGGAGUAAUAAAGAGGCUCCUCGAGAUUCCCUUGAGCGAUACAAUAAAACAACGGGUAAAGGUUUUGAAUUUGUUGAGGUUAUCAAAGCCAAUACUCACCCGACCGGUACUGCUGCCUUCAUGUUUUACAUUACCUUUAGAGCUAAGGAGCCUUCAGAUGAUCAGCCAAAACACUUCCAAGCUAUGGUCUGCUAUUUCUGUUAUGACUCCAACAAGUAUCACUCCUGCGAGCUGA